CCACAGUCCAGCCAAGACAUCAGAAGCAACAUGUUCUCGAAGUUGGUAUUGUGUGUCGUAGUGGCGGUGGCGGCCGCGGCGCCCCAGGGGUACGGGCCACCUCCACCAUCCUACGGCGCCCCCUCAGGUCCUGUUGUGCCCAUCCUAAAGGACGAUCGUCAGGGACCUGACCAGGCCGGCAACUACAACUUCAACUUCGAGACUGGUGACGGCAUCAAUCGUCAGGAGCAGGGCGCCCCUCAGGGCCCAGCUGGGGCCGUGGCAGCUCAGGGAGGAUGGUCGUUCACCUUCCCUGACGGCACUCCCGCAAACUUCAAGUUCGUAGCUGACGGUGCAGGCUACCGCGUGGAGUCUCCCCUGCUGCCCACGCCCCCUCCUCUUCCCCCACACGCCAUCGCCCAGAUCGAGUUCGCACGCCAGCAGGAAGCCGCCGGCGGUCCCCGACCCCAGUACGGCGCUCCUCCUCCCAGACCAGGAUACAACUGAACCAUCGCCGACCACAUAAACUUGCUACAUCCUCCUGCACAUAGUUACCCAUGAAACAAAAUAUAAUUCCUAGUCCUCGUUAGCUGCUGAUGGCGACUACUAAAGCAAUACGAACAGAGAUGACUCUUGUUGGUGAGUUUACUGAAGAAAGCAUAUUUUCCGAGUGCCCCUUUAAAGAUUUUUGCUUGAUGAAUGUAUAAGUGUUUGUUCUGCAUGAGUGGUUCCACACCUCUUCCAUUCUGAUAGCACUGUAAAUGUUAUGUAUUUAUUUAUAAUUGUUAACUUUAUAGAUUUACAUCAUUAAAGUGGUCUGUAAUUUAA